UACUGGUAAUACUUUGCUUUUACAUUGUGACAGGGACGCCCACAAACGCCUGUGAGAUGAUGGGUAGAGCAGAUAUCUGGUUGAUUCGAACCUACUGGGAUUUUGAAUUUCCUCGUCCUUUCCUCCCUAACUUUAAAUUUGUUGGUGGGAUCCACUGCAGACCGGCUAAACCCUUACCAGAGGAUAUGGAAGAGUUUGUGCAGAGUUCUGGAGAUGAUGGUAUUGUGGUCUUCACUUUGGGGUCCAUGGUCAAGAACAUCACCUCUGAGAAGGGAAACAUGAUCGCCUCGGCCCUUGCUCAGCUCCCACAGAAGGUGCUUUGGAGAUACAGUGGAGAAAAACCAGAGACUUUGGGUGCCAACACCAGACUAUACGACUGGAUCCCUCAGAAUGACCUGCUGGGUCACCCAAAGACCAGAGCGUUCAUCACUCAUGGUGGCACAAAUGGGAUUUAUGAGGCCAUCUACCACGGUGUUCCUAUGGUGGGAAUCCCCUUGUUCGCUGACCAGCCCGACAACCUAGUGCAUAUGAAGGCUAAAGGCGCUGCAAUUACUGUGGACCUGAACUUUAUGAAGAGUGAAGAUCUUAGAGAUGCAAUCAACACUGUCAUCAACGAUAAAUCGUACAAGGAAAAUGCCAUGCGGCUGUCCAGCAUCCACCAUGACAGGCCGAUGAGUCCUCUGGACGAGGCGGUAUUCUGGGUCGAGUUCACCAUGAGAAACAAAGGUGCCAAGCACUUGAGAGUCCAGGCACACGAGCUCACCUGGUACCAGUACCACAGCCUGGAUGUCCUGGCAUUCCUCCUCGCCAUUGUUCUGCUCCUCAUAUUCCUCUUCAUCAAGACCUGCAAGUUUUGCUUCCGGAGAUGCUGUGGCAGAAAGGGAAAGACAAAGAAGAAGGCUGAGUAACGGUCUGAUUUCAUAUCUUAUCAAUGUCAAUAAAAAAAAACUGUUGGUCCAAAGCACAUCAUGUAACCUGAUGUCCCAGAUUUGAAUAUGACCUGGGACUUCCUUGUUUCACUAUUUGCCACCACAAAAAAUGAUGAAAUAAGACAUUACUUUAAAAGAAUCUACAGUAUAUUCUCUUAAAACUCCAGUUUUGUUUGCACUUGUUAUAUGUUUGCUAGAAGAGCAAAGAUUUUGUUUUCUUGU